GGAUGUGUUUCAGCAGUUGAAUGAAGAGCUUUUUGAAGCAGUAGAGCGGGGCUCAGAUAUUACAGGUAGUGUCAUAUCCUGACUUCCGCUUUUGAAUGGAGUGAUCAUGGAAUCCAUGCGACUCUGCCCUUCACUACCAACCGUUAUGCCACGCGUAACUCCUCCGGCAGGCUUAAGCAUCUGCGGUUAUUUUCUACCUCCCUGGCGCGCACGUAAGUUUCAGCCAACUAGCAGCCUAGACCUCAGCAGACAACUUCUCUUCACCCGAGCAAUUUAUUCUCUCGUGUUGGCUGGUCAAUUCAAAGAUGGAUUUCCAUAACAACGAUGCGUUCCAUCCGUUUAGCAUCGGGCCACGAAAUUGCAUUGGAAAAUAUUUUGGACUUUUGGAGGUUAAGUUGAUCAUAGCUAGGCCGCUGUGGGAGUUCAAGAUUGAGAAGAAACCACAAGAGUGGGGUUGAAUGAGCAGAGGGCAUAUAUUUUAUGGGCGAAAUGACCAUUAUUUGUGAAGAUGAUGUCAAAGACCUUGUCAGAAAGCUGAAGUCAGUUCUUAUUGUGACAAUAACAUGGAUCGAAUCGCA